AUGUCUGAAGUGUCUGCAGUCCACAAGAAGAGAAACUUCAAAGCCUUCUCAUUUAAAGGUGUUGAUUUGGAAGAUUUGUUGUCAAUGUCCACAGAGGACUUUGCCAAACUCUGUGGUGCCAGAGUCAGAAGAAAGUUCUCAAGAGGUUUAGAUUCCAAGCCAAUGGGAUUGAUCAAGAAGUUGAGAAAGGCCAAGUUGGCUGCUGGUGAAACUGAAAAGCCAGCUCUCGUUAAGACUCACUUGAGAAGCAUGAUUGUUGUCCCUGAGAUGAUUGGAUCUCUCAUCGGUAUCUAUAACGGUAAGGUUUUCAACACUGUUGAAAUUAAACCAGAAAUGGUCGGCCACUACCUAGGUGAGUUCUCUAUUACUUACAACCCUGUUCAGCACGGUAAGGCUGCUACUGCCUCUAAGUUGAAGUUGUACUAA